AUGUGUGUUGCGGCAACAUCCGGUCAGACCUUGAUCGACAACUCCACAAUGCCGGCCAAGCAACCGACCAGCAAGAAGCGCACCAAGGCGGAGAAGAAACGCCUCCGAAAAGCCCAAGCAGCCGUGUUCUGUUGGUACUGUGAACGAGAAUUCGAGGAUGCUAAAGUCCUGUUGCAACACCAGAAGGCGAAACAUUUCCGAUGUCCCCAUUGUCCGCGGCGGUUGAACACGGCAGGCGGGCUGGCAGUGCACAUCGACCAAGUGCACAAGCUGCCCACAGACAGGAUCGAGAAUGCGAUGCCAGGACGAGACACGUUCGACGUGGAGAUCUACGGGAUGGAGGGUGUGCCGGCGAACGACCUAGCGGACUGGAAGCGACGCAAGGCGGAAGCGAUGGGGGUCGAGCCGGAGGCGCAGAAGCGGAAGCGGCCGAAGAUCUAUCUGGGCGUGAUUUCGUCGGAAGAGCUGCGCUCGCAACUGCAGCAGCACCGCGCGCUCAUGAACGGCAUCUCCGCCGGGAUCCUCUCUCGUCCAGCCGGUCCGCCCUUCGGUGGCCUUCCUCCCCCAGCUGCCAUACCCUCCUCGGCCCCCUCCGUCCCGCCCCCGGGCCUCUUUGCACCCUCCUCAGCUCCCAUGCCGCCCCCGCCCGGCUUCCCCUUGUUGCCCCCACACCCCGGCAUGCCCUUCCCUCCGCCCGGAAUGUCCCUGCCCCCCAUGCCUCACGGCAUGUUGCCUCCAGGCAUGCCCUUCCCUCCUCCCCCUGGAAUCUUCCCCCCGGGCAUGCUGCCCCCCGGAAUGCCGCCUCCUCCCGGGAUGAUGCCCCCACCAGGACUUGGUAUGAUGCCUGGCGCACCACCAUUUGCGCCCCCAGGUGCGCCCCCCAUCAACACCCUACAUGCGCCUCCUCCUGGCCCCCAAGCGGCACCCCCGGGCGAGGCUGGCGCGGGCCCGGCCCUUCCUGCGACGCCACUGCAGCCGUACAAGAUUGCCAACAGUCAAGUGACCCUCAAGCCUGGCCAAGUCUUGGUAUACGGGGACAGCGAGGUCUCUCUGGAGGAGAAGCGGGCUCGUCAGCCACGCUACCAGGCCCCGAUAGCGGUCCCAGACAUGCGGUUUGGCCUUCCAACGCGUUGA